GAGAAGUGUUUGCAUUUUAAAAAAUCACUAAAGUCUACCCUGGUUCAUAAUCUACAGAUGUGUCGAGCGCAGGGAAGAGAGCUCCUGUAGAGAGAUCUGUGCAGAGCAAGCCUCGUUAUCCAAGCCUCAACUCGUUCUUCUGACAACUUUGUGUAUGUGUGUGUGUUGAAAUGAAUCUCUUCAUCUUCUACGCGCUGGCGGUCACUUGGCAAUUAGCUCCGGGAGGGAGUUCCAGGCCACUUGCUGGAGCGCUGGUGGAGUCUGUGAGAGGCGGCCAUCGGCAGCUGGGACAGGCGCACCCACCCGCGCAUCGAGAGAAGCGCUGCUCCUGCAGCAACAUGCAAGACACAGAGUGCGUCUACUUCUGCCAUGUUGGCAUCGUCUGGGUCAAUACUCCCGGACAAGUUGUUCCGUACGGACUGGGGAACCCCCUGAUGCGUCGGAAGCGGGAGCUGAGUCGAUGUUUAUGCGCCAAAGGCAGCGACGCAGAGUGCCAGAGCUACUGUCAGUCAGCGACCAGAGUGCCCCGACACGUUGGAAACGCAAAAGUCAGAAUGUUCCGGAAGGGGGCGGGGAAGUGGGCGCGGAGCGCGCCGGAUGAAGCUGCCCCUGGAGGGGUCUCACGGGAUGUGGAAGUCUAAAGGAAGAGUACGUUGAAACUGGAAAGGCA